UGUUUAAAUAUAGCCUUGGUGUCAGUGUUCCUAUCAUUCACCCGCUGUGGUUUAUCGAUGAGCAUUUCACAUAGCUGGUGGUUCAGUUCCAGUUUAAAAUCUUUAUCUAUUCGGGUUCGAAAACAGUGAAAACAGAUUCGGUUUAGAUUGUUUAAAUGGUGAUGGAAAUAUCAGCAAGCGGGGUGGCACAGCCCACUUUACCCACCCUGUAUGAGUAUUACACAACCGGAGGGAUAAAAUCGGGGCUAAACGCCGGCCAAAGCUACUUUACUCUGAACGAGAGGAACAUUUCGCUUUACUCCGGAGCAAUGCACUACUUCCGCACUCCUAAGCAGCUCUGGAGGGACCGACUGCGGAAAAUGAGGGCUGCAGGAUUAAAUGCGGUGGAAACUUACGUUCCUUGGAACCUUCACGAGCCAACCCCCGGCCAGUUUGACUUUGGUAGUGGCGGAAGCGACAUGCAAGACUUUUUGGACAUUGAAACCUUCCUCAAAACUGCUCAGGAGGAAGACCUGCUGGCGAUUUUACGGCCUGGCCCGUAUAUUUGCGCUGAAUGGGAGUUUGGCGGGUUCCCCAGCUGGUUGUUGAGGGGAGAUCCUCCAGUAAAAUUCCGAACUUCUGAUCCCCAUUACAUGAAUCCAGUUAAAAGGUUUUUCAAUGCGCUUCUCCCCAUACUAGCAGCCCUCCAGUUUAUAAACGGCGGCCCGAUUGUAGCCUUUCAAGUGGAAAAUGAGUAUGGAAGCACGCAGUCCAGCACGUUUAAACCGGAUAGGAAGUACUUAAGACAACUCAGGCAGCUUUAUCUGAGCAACAAUAUCACUGAGCUGCUGGUGACGGCUGAUGGUGUUUCCGCCCAUAAAGCUGCAGGAACUCUUCCAGAGUUUUUCUUGGUGACGGCGAACUUUGGCGGGAAUCCCAGAAGUUCCUUUGAUGCCCUGGAAACCAUCCAACCAGGCAGGCCUAAAAUGGCAAUGGAAUACUAUCCGGGAUGGUUCGACCACUGGAGCGAGCUUCACCAUACCACUCCAGACCUGCUCCUAACAAUCAACCUGGAGGAAAUCCUCACUUAUCCAGGAUCUUUCAACAUUUACAUGUUCCAUGGGGGGACAAGUUUCGGGUUUUUAAAUGGAGCUAAUGUGGCCGACAGUCUUACUGAUAAUAGCGGAUUCCAGCCGGAUACAACCAGCUACGACUAUUCAGCCCCUUUAACCGAAGCAGGGAAUUACACUAGGAAGUAUGCCCUGAUAAAGAGUCUGCUCGCAAAAUAUGCGUAUCCUAAAACGCAAAUUCCUGCUCCUCCAGAAGUCAUUCCCAGAGUGGUUUACCCCAGCAUACCAAUAAGAGAAUACCUUCCUCUAAAGCAGCUAAUUGAUUCUCAAAGCUCUGGUUUGGAAUACGCAAGCCCACUUCCCAUGGAACUGCUCGAUAUAAACAAUGGCUCUGGGCAGAGUUUCGGGUAUAUCACAUAUAGGAAAACCCAGCUGAACUUGCCAGCAGGAUCAACAUUGAAAAUCGCGGCUAAUAUUCGAGAUACGCUUCUAGUGUUGGUGAAUGGAGUGCAAAUCGCCCCGCCUUUGAAAGCAUCCGCAGAUCUGGAUAAUUUUGGAUUCUGGAGACAAAGUCCCUCGACUAUACAGCUUACAAAUGGUUUCCUCCGAAAUGCCACUGUUGAUUUGGUUGUGGAAAAUUGGGGGCGAGUGGGGUAUGGAAUGAUUACACAGUUCUAUCAGCACAAAGGAUUAUGGAACAACACAGUGUCAAUAAACAACCAUACCAUCCAGAACUGGAAGCACAUUCCGCUGGAAUUCAAAAAGACGUGGACCCAAAAGUUAUCAGGAUGGCGCCCAAUGCAGACCUAUAAAAGCCCAGGUCUUUACAGAGGCUUUUUAACCAUUGACUCUCCACUGGCGGACACUUAUGUUGAUAUGCGCCAAUGGACUAAGGGAAUUUUGAUCAUCAACGGCUUUGUUCUUGGACGGUACGCCCGAAUCGGCCCUCAGCAGUGCCUCUACUUACCAUCCCCACUGCUCCACGUGGGCCGCAACGAAAUCAUCAUUUUUGAACACUACGAAGCCUCUGAUAGCAUCAGGUUCACUUCGGAUCAAAUUUGGGAAACCAUAUAAGUCUCUAUUUAUUGAAAAUAGAAUCGAGUUUUAAUUAA